AUGGAGAACCCGUACACGACCUUCCUCAAGAACUACCGUCAGCACCGCUACUACUUCUCACCCACGCCGGUGCCGGCGCCAGUGGCGUCGACGACGGCGCCUCCUCCGGUCUCCGCCUACUCCUCCAGCCCCUUCUUCUCCCCGCCGCCGCCUCCUCCUCCUACUACGCCGUCGUCUCCUCCGCUCCGGGAAGCCCUGCCCCUUCUCUCUCUCGCCCCCGCCUCCCGCAGGUCUCGGGAGCGGGGGCGCGGCCCCGGCCCGGACGACUCCGACGACGGCGACGACGACGUCGACGAGGAGGAGAGGAAACAAGCGCCGGGCCCAGCCGCGAGCAGUAGCCUGCACCACAAUCAGCAGCUCGCGGGACGGCAGCUCUUUGCGGACCUGAACUCCAAGGCGACCGACGACCCGAUGGACUCGGCGGCCGGCGGCGCGGCGGGGGACGUGACGGUGGCGCUGCAUAUAGGCCUGCCGAGCGCCGGCACCGCCGCCGACCUCAUCUCCGGGAUCUCCGCCGCAGCUAGGGCGGCGAGGGAUGACGAGGAGGAAGAGGACGACCGCCUUAAUAAGGAGCUGAGCGGCGGCUGCGCUGAGGAGGACGGGGAUGACGACGGCGAGAACGAGGCGGCCGUGGCGCCGGUGCUAGGGUUCGCUUCGACGCCGAUCGGGCGGCUGAACAAGGGGCAGUACUGGAUCCCGACGCCGACGCAGAUCCUCAUCGGCCCGACGCAGUUCUCCUGCCCUGUCUGCUUCAAGACCUUCAAUCGAUACAACAACAUGCAGAUGCACAUGUGGGGCCACGGGUCGCAGUACCGGAAGGGCCCGGAGUCGCUGCGCGGCAUCCAACCGACGGCGAUGCUGCGGCUGCCGUGCUACUGCUGCGCACCGGGGUGCCGGAACAACGUCGACCACCCGCGCGCCAAGCCGCUCAAGGACUUCCGCACCCUGCAGACGCACUACAAGCGCAAGCACGGCCUCAAGCCCUUCCUCUGCCGCCGCUGCGGCAAGGCCUUCGCCGUCAAGGGCGACUGGCGCACCCACGAGAAGAACUGCGGCAAGCUCUGGUACUGCCUCUGCGGCUCCGAGUUCAAGCACAAGCGCUCCCUCAAGGACCACGCCAGAGCCUUCGGCCAGGGCCACGGCGCGCUCGGCGGCGCCGGGCUCGACGACGACGAUGACUGUGCCAUCUCCGACGUCGAGCACGACGGUGCCGCCGCGGGCGCCAGGUCGCUCUGA